AUGGCCGCGGAGGAGCAGACUCUUUCACGCCAAGUUCUGGCAUGGUCUUUGGACAACAUAAACAACGAAAGCUUGCUCGUCAAUCAGGUUGACAAAAUCCCCUUGGAGUUCCCGGCUUUGAAAAACUAUCUGAGUGUAUUCCGACCUCUUCUACUUGAAGAGACCCGCGCCGCCUUGCAGCAAAGUCUUGAGAUGAUCAACGAGUUGCCUUGCGUUCUUGUCGAGAUGGGCAAGGAAGUCCCUGUUCGGGAUGGCGAUGACAAGAUCAGAAGGUUUAAGAUGCAAGUUUCGAAAGACAUACUAAAGCCGAAGGAUUUGGUUCUCCUGACAACAGCAGAGCCAGACUGCCUGACGAUUCUGCGAGAUAGUGGCGAGUUUUAUACUCUUGGUCUUAUUAUCGCUGGCGACGACAUGGACAGUGACGAGCUCAAAGUCGACGUAUACGCUCCUAUCGACAGUUCCGAGUACGACCCCUUCCUUGAAACCAAUCGACCGUGGUAUGCUGUCUACUUGAGCUCCCUCGCCACUGGAAUGCGAGUUUGGGAGUCUCUGAAACGUCCUUCUCUGGCUCUAGCAUCUCAAUAUCCUAUAUUUCAAGAAGUUCUUCAAGCAAACUCGGGUGAACCGGAGAUAUAUGACGUUGAAGGUAUGACAAGCUCCGAGAUUAGUUGCGCAAGGUGGUUUAAGCUCAACGAUUCUCAAAUGGAAGCUGUCUCGAGGACUGUUAUCGCUCUGAAGAGGGAACAGAAGCCUUAUGUCAGACUGAUCCAAGGACCGCCCGGAACAGGAAAGACAUCGAUGCUUAUGGCUCUGAUCUCUGUGCUUGCCGGCUCCAGCAAGCGCAUACUUAUGUCUGCUCCGACAAAUGCCGCCAUAACUGAGGUUGUGGUGAGGCUUUUUACGUCGAUAACAAAGCAGCCCUCUCCUUUUAUCGGGUGUACAAGGACCGUAUGUCCUCGUGACGUCGUGUUGGUGGGCAACAAAGAAAAUCUUGAAGUGGAUGACAACGAGAUCCUUGACGCUGUUUUCCUUCAGAGCAGAGAAGAACGAUUAGCGACUGUCCUCGCUACUGCUUGCGGGUGGCAACAGAAAGUUCUUUCUGUCGUGGACUUUUUGGAGAAUGCAGAAGAACGCUAUAGGCAGUAUAAGCAGGAUAAGAAGCCCGACGAGCCUGCCGAGAGCUUCCUGGACUUCUCCAGGGAGAGAAUGACGUUUCUUGGGGAUCAGAUGCUGAGUAGCAUUGACUUAGUGUGCAACGAUCUGCCGUCCACCUUUCUCAAGUCUACUGAUAUCCUUGGAGCCAGACACCACGUCACCGAGAUCAAUGCAGCCUUUGGACGAUUUCGCGAAGACUCUGAAGUUCUGAACUACGUCAGUUCUACUUCAGGGGCCGCAGCAGCUCUUCUGAACCUGUUGAAGACAAACAUGGAUUUUGUGACGUACCCGCCUGGUAAAAUUCCUACUGGUGAAGAACUUCUGCGGCACGCGUCUGUAGUCUGCUGCACGGUCUCCUCUGCAGGCACGAGAAUUGUGCAGAAUACCUCUCGACAUUUUUAUACAGCGGUUAUCGAUGAAGCGGGCCAGCUUGUGGAAGCAGAGACAGCAAUUGUGAUGGGUCUACAAAACUUGAAGCAGCUGGUAUUAGUUGGGGAUCACAAACAAUUACCAGCGACUGUUAUAAGCAAGAUUGCUCAGGACUACAGCUAUGGCAGAAGUCUUUUUGAGAGGCUGCAGCUCCUCGGACAUCCUAGUAUAAUGCUCAACGUUCAGUACCGUAUGCAUCCUUCUAUCAGUCAGUUUCCAAAUUUCCAGUUCUAUGAAGGUGCAAUCUGCGACGGGCCAAAUGUUGUGGAUGACUUCUAUGGCCAGUUAUCACAAUCGCAGCUCUUUGGUCCUUACACAUUUUUAAACGUGCACGGUGUUGAAACGAAAGACGAAAAGCACAGCAAGAGCAAUGCUGUGGAAGUACUUGUUGUGAUGCACCUCCUCAAGAUGCUUCACCAAUCAGGCGAAAAAUUACAAGUAGGCAUAAUAUCUCCAUACGCUGCUCAGGUGAAGGCCAUCAACGAUCGGCUUAAGUCCUGGGACCAUGGAAGUUUAAGUAUCAAUUGUCGUUCUGUCGAUGGAUUUCAAGGACGCGAAAAAGAUGUUAUUAUCUUGUCCACCGUUCGGUCAAAUGUUGGUGGUUACCUGGGUUUUCUCGAAGAUCAUCGACGAUUGAACGUUGCAAUAACUCGUGCAAGGCACGUCCUUUGUAUUGUUGGUAACGCCAACACUUUGGAAUCCAGUGACGGUGUUUGGAGACAGCUUCUCAACGAUGCGCGGCAUAGGAAAUGUUAUAGAGAAGCUUCACAGGAUUCUACCGUAAAGAGAACUAUUCAAAGAGCUAUGGCGGAAAUUCAUCAGCUGGAGUCUCUCGUGGAUCCCCGGUCAGAUUUUUUUAGCAAUAACGUUUGGAAGGUGUUUUUCAGCAAAGAGUUCAAAGCCAGUUUCACGUCCAUCUCGUCGGGAUCGACAAAGUUGCAUGUGCUAAAUGCCAUUCUCAACCUUGCCAAUGGACGUCGUCCGAGACACGCGUUUACGGCCCCCGUUCCCACGAAGCGAAACUACGUUCAGUUCCAUCUUACGAUGGAAAUGUAUCUAGUUUGGACGGUUGACUUGGACGCUGAUUGCACAGUUCAAGUCCUAAAGUUCUGGGAUGUUCUAAAGCUUGACGGCCUUCCUAGGAUUGUCAGCCGUCUUGAGAACCUGUGUGCUACAUACUCGGGCCCUUAUUUAAGACGAUCGAGCGAACGCCUUACGGACGGGUACAUAUGUCCCAACUUCUCAAUAUUGAAGGGACUCACACUAUCUUUUUGUAGGAAGGUGGCCGUGCCUGCUAGAUGGAGCUCUGGAGCUGAAAUAGAGCGGCAUAAGUCCUUGAAAGAGAUUGCAAGCUCUGAGGCGAACGGGGAGACCACGACUGGCGAGAACUCAAGCGUGUCAGAAAGCUUACUGUUGAUGAAGUUUUAUUCUCUAUCAACAGGUAUUGCUAGACAGCUCUUAACAGCCACCGACGGUAGCCAAAUCGAUCCUCCAUUCGAGGUAACAGAUCAAGAAUCUCAAGUUGUUAAGUUCCCCUGGAGUUCCUUCGUCGUCGGAAGGUCGGGGACAGGAAAGACAACAGUUAUAACCAUGAAGCUGCUUAACCGAGAGCAACAGUUUCGUCUAUCUCAUGGGCUCGCUGAAGGUGAAUCUCCGGGUCAAACUGUACGAAACAACGCUGUCAACAAAGAUGACAUGUAUGAGAGAGAAGGCUUAAUGCUGGACGAGGAAGCAGAAGAAAAGUUGUUCAGCGACAUACCUGACAGUUUCGUCGACAUAUCCCCGCAAGCAUUGCCUCUCGUCAUCACGUAUCGAAAGUUUUUAACCAUGCUCGAUGGCAGCGUUCCGAGACCUUUUAUCGCCAGGAGGGACAUGGAGACAGCGCAAGGAACUUUUAUUAGAGUUGAAGAUUGCGACGACAGCGAUCGCUUCGAUACAAAUGACGACAUUGAUAUCUCUUAUGAAGCUCCGAAGACAUCUCAACGGAUUCAGCGCAGAAAAGAGGUGGAUUUUGAUUGCUUUGCCGCAAGCUAUUGGCCGCAUUUGAACUCUAGCUUCACCAAAAUGUUCGAUGCCUCAGUCGUCUUCACCGAGAUCAUGUCAUCGAUUAAAGGAAGGCCUGAAUCUCUACGAAGCCAUAAAGGACGGCUAUCUCGAAAUGACUACGUUUAUAUGUCUUCUUAUACUUUGGACCAGAGCCAACGAGAAAAUAUAUAUGAGCUUUUUCUACAAUACGAGAAGCUAAAGUCACAGCGAGACGAGUAUGAUAUAUUGGAUCACGUCAGAUAUCUAUAUCGACAGAUCGAGGGUGGGGAACCGUUAGGACCGAAGUUUCAGUUUAUAUACGUCGACGAGGUCCAAGACCUCACUCUGGCUCAGAUCAGUCUUCUCAAGUUCGUUUCUGACAACGUUGCAGAAGGAUUUGUUUUUGCUGGAGACACGGCACAAACAAUCGCUAAAGGCGUAAACUUUCGCUUCGAGGAUAUCAGGAGUUUGUUUUACAAGGAGUUUUUGGAAAUUGACGACAGGAGGCAGAUCACGAAAGAUGGGAAGUUGCGGAAGCAGGCACUAUGUAAUAUCCAUCAGCUGACGCAGAAUUUUAGAACUCACAAAGGGAUUGUCGACCUCGCGGACAGCAUUAUGCAGUUGCUGUUGUUCUUCUUUCCGGAAACAGUUGACAAGUUGGAACCGGAGCGGAGUUUGAUAUGUGGUGAGAAGCCCGUUGUUGUGAAGUCCGAUGAGAAUUACAACCUCAUCACCUGCCUAUUUGAUCGCAGUGGAAGGUUUGGACGGGAGUCCGACUUUGGAGCCGAGCAGUCGAACUUCGGCUCUAAGUGGAGAACUCUGUACACCUAUCUCGACGAGACAAGUCUUGUGAACUGCUGCUGUCAGGGAUAUCCCAAGUUCGAGAAAAGACUUCACAACAUUCUGUGUAACGAACUGAAGCAGCUAUAUGUGGCUAUUACAAGGUCCAAGCAGCGUCUUUGGAUAUAUGACGAGGACUUUACUUUCCAGCAGCCCAUGCUAGACUACUGGAUCACGAAAAACUUGAUGUUCAACGACCGCCAGUAUGAUAUGGCUGUCUUGUGCUACCAACGAGCUCAUGAUUCGUAUAGAGCUCAGUGGGCACAAGCUGCUCUGCACCAGCAAAAUGGGGAGAAGAAUCUCGUCUGGAAUCCCACCAUAGCGACUCAGCAGCUACAAGACGCAGUGAACCUUUAUGAGAGAAUUGCGAAGUUCGAAGCUGCGGCAAGAUGUGUAUUGUACAGGGACAAGUGCAAUCCGUCGCGCUGGGAAAACGCUGCUCAAUGUUUUGAACAAGCAAAGAUUUAUGAUGAAGCAGCAGAAGCAUAUGCCAUGGUAGAAGAUUUUCAGAGUUGCUUAUCCGCAUGCCUGGCUGGAAAGCUGUUUGAGAAGGGGCUGAACUUUAUCCGGGACCGAGAACAGCAAGAUGCUUCAUUCCUCAGCAAUAAGUACGUGGUGAAUCUCUUGAAGACCUCGGCGGAGCACUAUCACAGAAAGAAGGACGUUGACAGGAUGAUGAAAUUUGUUCACGCGUUUCCGGGCAUUUCCAUGAAGCGGGACUUUUUGAAGAGGCGUGACUAUCUGGAGCAGCUUAUGCAAGUGGAGUUCUUCUACAUGAACUACGAAGAAGCUUCUCAGGUAGCCGAAGCGAAAGGAGAUCUUAUAGCCGCUGCAAAGUUCCUAGAACUAGCUGGACAUCGAGCCGAAGGAGCUAGAAAAAUCAUCAAACACAUGCAGCUGAAACUUCUAUGGGCGAACAACAACCUGGGGUGGCCUUUGAGGCCUUUGGAAGAUGAAAAGCUCGUCACUGAGGCUCACAGAAUGGCAAAAGGGGAUCCUCGAGCAGAAAUCCAGCUUCGAGUCCUAAGAGAUGACGACGACCUCUCGCUGUCAGAUGUUUUCGAGAACUGGAAGCUGGCGAAAGACGACCCGACUAUAAACAUCAUAGUGCUGCGUCAGCUCUUGGAGAAAGGUCUAGAGUUGGCUAAAGGUUCGACUUCGCUCGGGCUUCUUACUCUACAGGUUUUGGACAGGCCGUUGAGAACAGCUAGUGACAUGACCAACACUCUGCAGUUUGUGGUCGCUGUUUGGAACACUUGGUUCCAGAAGAUAAGCUCGCUGCUGAAGGCACUGGCAAAGAUCGAGAAAAUUAUUCCGCAAGGCGACGCACUUCUGGAUUCUUGCUUGGAAUUUAUGGGCGUUACUCGGCACCAUCUUCCCGGGCUGUGCAUAGUGGAGGACAGCAUGGUUGACUGGCUGAAACGGGGUGGAGACUGGACCGUCGGCAGUGGAAAGGCACAGCUGAAAACGGAAAAGUUUCUGUCUCUAGCAACAGAUUUUUGGCGGGGUCAGCUAGAGUCGACGAGCGCAAUCUUCUGUGAAGUGCUGGAAAGCCACGCAGGCAAUGCUGGUGGAGCCGAGAGCUGCCUGUCAGUGUUGAAGAUUAUGGACGUGGUCAGUAGCUUGGGGAAGUCCGAAACUCACGAAAGAAGACUUCGAAGUCUCAGGAUGGAGCUUUUCCGGUGUUUAUUCGUACGCCGAGGGAAUACUCCCGUUAGCUUACGGGACCAUCCCAAAGUUACUCCUCACCUGGACGCGCUUGCCAGAGACAUUACAGCAGCGAGUGAUUCGGUCGAAGAAACAGUUAUGCUACAGAUUCUGGGACCUUAUUUGAGGAAUGGUCCCGGGCAGGAUUUUAUUGCCAACGAGUACUGCUACCACUUUGCGAUGCCGAUAAGCCAGUGUGCUCAAGGGCUGCACGACAUCUUUAGCAUGGAAGGCUUCCAGCAUUAUAUCACUCCGUCGAUGUUCAUCUACAUGCUGGAGCGAAUACUUGUUUCUAGCACUGCGUGCUUAUCACACAUCGUGGAGGCAACGCUCCCGGAAAGCCUGGCUAUGGAGUUUAUGACGGGGUCUACGCAGGAAAUUCUGUACACGCGGAUGUUGAGGAUGGGCUGCUCCGUGGAUAAAUUUUGCAAGAGUGUUGGGACAAACUCUCUGGAAGUCAUUCAGAAGAUUUGCAGUUCUCUGCUACUCGGAUACCGCCUGGACAAGUGGUUGCUCGAUAUCCCAAAGUCAGAGGUAGUCUUUCGGAUUAUUCGAGUGCUCUUAACCAUUUUCAUGGAGUUUGAGAACCAGGCAGUGAACAGCCACAUAUUCCGAGAUCUGAGGAGCUUGGUGACCCGGCAGUCUUCUGCGCUGGACCAUCUUCUUCCGAGCUUGAGGCAGGGGCUGCAGUGCCUCUUCGAGACAGGUGCAAACUACAAUCACUUCCGGAUACUCUUCUGCCGGUUCAUGAUUGAAUGCGGCGAUCAGUUUCUGCUUCUGAGGCGGAGAGACAAAUUCAGGCAUGGAUUUAAGUCUCGGUUCCAGACUUAUGUCAAUGUGGAGCCGGAGCCGUGGAAGUUCAGCCUGGCAUCACUGCAGCAGCCGGAUGAUUUGAUGCUGCAAACUGUGGAUGCUGAGGAGGAGGAAGUUGAUGAAACAACGGAGCUGAAACCUUCCGAGGUCGAGCUGACAUUCGAGUGUCCGGAGCCAGAGAUGACGGCUCCCGCAAAAGAAGAAGCAUUGUCUCCAUGGUACCUGAAAGUUGGCGAUUCGAAGCUCGGGUUUUUCGUGGUCUGGAGGCUGCUGAAAAAGCUGCAAGUUGCCAGAGAGAACUUGGUCCAGGAUGACGAGUAUGUCCGGGAAGCCAAAAACGCGUUUAGCACUAUGGCUUGUAAAGACGACGGCUACGCGGACUUGGUGAGUUUCGUGCUGGACAUGGCUUCCGCGAUUGAGAUUCUGAAAGGCCGAACCUUUGCCGGUCAGGAUGGGCAACUCAAGGCCGAUCGAGACGACCUCGUGGAGAAGAUGAACGACUUCAAGUGCGAAUGCGAGGCUUUGUUGGAGCUUAUGGAUCCUAGGCAUGCCGACCAUCAGAAGCAGGACUUGGAUUGGCUACUUCUAUCUGUCACAAAUCCAGCAACAGAGAAACUAAGUUAUGGCAGAUCCAAAUUCAACCAUCGCCUUAAAGACGUGCUCGGUGAUGCUCUCCAGCGCAAAGAAACUAUCUCCAAUGAGCCAGCAAAGCCUUGCUCGUCCGCUACUAAGCCCGCGCCUAAGAAAUCAAACAAGAAGAAAAAGUCCGGGAAGAAAGGGGGAAGAAAGAAGCAGUGA